GGAGAUCAAGGUUGAGGGAUUGCGAGUGCCUCAGAAAGCAGGUGAGGAAAUUGAAGUGGAAUGGAGAAUUGUCGAUGAGCGCGGAGUUGUGUAUGGACAGCCUUUACGAUUGCGGUUCAACGUCGAAGCUGUCAAGGCAGACCCAGACUCGAUGAGCUCGUCAGCUGUCAUUAUGCCCUCCAACAAUGGCGACAACGCUAUUCCCCCUCCUGGACCAUUCCAACCUAUGAAUUGUCAGAUGCCGGUAAACCCCCGAAUCGGGUCGAUCACGAUACCCGUUCAAGCUCCUCUCAUGGCGGCUGAUGUAGGAUCCGAACUGGAAUCUUCUGGUCACGGGGAUAUCUUCGAUGAUGCCAUUUCUCUCAUUUCAGCUUCUGAUUCUUCGUUGUCGAACGCAUCGUUCCUGGACUUGGCUCCGACGGAAAUCACGGAAAGUGUAAAUGAAUUUGAAGACGACGAUUUCGCCGAUGAUUUUGACAUGGACGAAUUUGAUUUUAUGGAUGAAGGAGAUGAUGAGUUGUACAGCGGAUAGAGGGGCUCUUGAGGAGUGGAGCGGUCUAAAGGUUAUCAAGUGUGUCGUGUCGAAUCGUUGGUUGUUUGUCAAUGAAAGGAAGGUGCGAAGUGCAUUAGUAUUGAUUUUUCCCUGAGUGUUUUAUCAGAGUAUCCUGUCUGUCGGAUAUACAUGGUCCGUGGUACGUUUUGUAGUCAUGAGGAUGAGGAAGAGAAAAGACAGAAGAGACAAAGAGGAAGAAUCCACAGAGGAGAUUAUAUGGUAUGAAAAAACUGUGAUUUGGUCAAGAUGUUCGAAAGUCGUCAAAACUUUGACUUUCGAACAUGAAGUAGAGGAUGUCACAUGGGCUGGUUUCACUUGGUUUGGUUCUACAAGUGAAUCUUUCAUUGAAACAAGUCCGAAAGAUCAAAAUCAGUUUGAUGGAUUGAAGGGAGGGGAGAGGAAUGAUAUUCGACAGAAUGUUCACCCUCUUCCAGGAAAUGUUGAGGCUGCCCACCACGCUGGGAGUUCCGGGGAGACGGUAGGAAACGAUUUACCUUCCCAUCCUGCCGGAGGUUCUAAGGACACGACUAGAAACAUAAAUGCCACUCAACAUUCAGAAAAGUUCAAAGAUCCAACAGGAAUCCUUGACCCGAAUGGUCGUGCUGAAAUGUUCGGACCGUUCUAUGAAAGUCGAGCAGGGAAAUGGGGAUCACCACAUAUAUCUUCGUACGAUGGACAAGACUCAAGAGGAAGUAGUGCAGGAUUCUCAGGAGGAAAGAAGGAAGGAACGGAUGGAGGAUGGGGUCAGCUGAGGAAGGGUAGGAGUUUGGUCGUUUUGCUUCAAAGUAAAGGAUACGUUUAUUGGUCCAAUGGAGAAAAUGUGGUUUUCCAUAUUCCGUUCUUGGUGGAUAAAGCUUGGUCAAUAUCUUUCGUUCCUACUUCCACCACGCAAACUUCAACUCUUCCUGACAAUUUUGAACGACCUUCUACAUUCCCUCAAAACUCUCAACCUCAACAACCAUCAUUCGCUUUCAACUAUCAACAGCCUUCGUCAUUUCCCCCCAACCCUCGGGAUCAUCCGGGACUUGGCCAGGAUGAGAUUCCUAAAUCACGACAAGGUGGUGGUCUUCUCGUUCAAAGAGUAUUGGAACGAAGAGAAAUGACAACUCGUUCUUCUAGUUUAUUAACCGGAAUGACUUCACUCUCCUCCGCAUUAGACGAUUUAGAACAAGAUCUCGACGAAUUACCUUCUCUACCUAGAUUAUAUACCCUAUCUUCACCAUUUGAAGAAUUCCAACCUAUUUCUCAAUCCCGAGUUCAAGGUGGAUAUCCUUAUCCUUCCAAAGAAGCUAAAUGCACUAGUACCCCAAUGGAAAUAGGUCCUGAACUUACCGUUCUUGAGGUAUUUCAAGAUUAUCCUUUAAUUUUAUCACAUGAUAGAACAAAAAGUGAAUUGGUUCUUUUUCGAAGAGUCUAUGUAUCUCCUUCCUCACCUGUCUCGUCUUCUCCGAGUAAUGACCUUGUCCCUGCUGAAGGACGUGUAUUACCUCCAAUCGACACGUCAAUGCCAUAUCAAGAAACUACGAUCGGCCGAAAACCAAGAACUUCUUUACAUCGUCAUCAAGGUUCUUUAGGACAAGAAAGACAUAUCUCAAGUGCAGAUCCUCUCGAUAGGACACAAAGGCGUGCUCCUAGGAUGUCAAGAGGUGCCGGUGGACCAUUAGAAGAGAAUAAGAUAGGGACGAUACAACCUCAACCUUCAGAACUUCAAGCUACUCUGGACCCUCAACCUUUUGCCAGUUUUGUGGGACCCGGAUCGGGGUUCGUACCUCCUGGAAGUGGAGUGGGAAGGAAUAAAAAGUCUCGAUCUUCUGUAGGAGUAGUCAUGGGAGGAGGGAAGGAAGAUAGGAGAAUGUCAGGAGGAUCUACAAUGAGAUUGGAAAGUGAAGUGAGAGUAACAGAGAGAAGGUUGAAAAUGGGAGGAUGGGGAGAUUUGAGGGAAACCACUAUGAUGAUGGGUUUAGAAAGGGGUAGAGAGAGAAGGACCAUCCCGAUCAUCUCCACACGUCCAAACAUCCAUGACACUAUCUAUCUCACUCCUCAAGAUUCACAACAAGGAUCAGACGAAGCAGUCCGUCAAUUAGCUUCGAGUUUCAGUAUGAUGACUGACCUUCACGCACCUCAUUCAAUCGAAAGGAAAGUAAUCAAACUUGUUGAUCCUGUCAAAUCAUCGUUCACAGCUAUUUUCGACGAUGAAGAACGAAUCAGAUUUUCAGCUCAUUACGUCUUCCCUAAUGGUCUAGUGGGAAGAUGUAUGACUGCUUUAUCCGAUUUAUUAACAGAAGAAGCUUUCUUUAUAUUUCAUCAAGAAUUCAUGCGAACCGACUAUACAGAUCCCGCCGAACUUAUUUCGACAGAAUGGACAAAGUUUACCAUUAUCUUACGACAUUGUCUUAAGAUUCCAAUAUAUAGGGCAGAAGGGACAUUUGGAAAGUUAUGUGAACAAGCUAGGAAAUCGUCAGAUCCAACUAUUCGUAGAUUGGCAAGAGCCGCACGGACUAAAGUGAACAUGAUUCCAGGGAGGAAGGAAGUUUUAUCCAUCGAGAAAGAGAUGGGAGGGGUUAUUAUGGCUUUGCAUUUAGUAGGACAGGAUAGUAGAUUAUCAAGUAUGAGGGAAAGGGAGUUGGUAGAUGUUGCAGAGGUAAUAGUGUGUUUGAGCAGUGCGGCAGGGAGAAAAGAUUGGAUGGAUUAUUGGUUAAGGUUGAUACCUAGUGCUAUCAAAUCUGUCGUUUCUCCUGUCGAUCACCCAUGCAAUACAAGCCUUCUUGAUAAAUUCUCCGAACCCCCAGACAUCCUCACUCACCUUCUUCAUCGUCUCACACAUCCCGUCAAACCCUUUCCCAGUCCGACGUCCCUCGCUUCCCCUUCCGCCACAGAAGCCUCCUCGUCAUCCUCUUGUUGUCAUCAGACCUCUAUUGUAUGUCAGGUAUAUGACGCUCUCGCCGUAUCACCCGGAAUAGACGUUCUGACAAGAGCAUCACGAAUGGUCACUCUCAUGGUUCGUCUUGGGUUGGGACAUGAGUGGAUACAUGAUCUCCCAGCUGGUGUGGCUAUGCCUAUUUAUGAGACGAUGAGGGUUUGUCAGACGUAUCCUGAUAAUCAAUGGGGACCGGAAGUUUGUCGGUUUGUGGGACGGAAUGAUCUGGUGGCAGACCUCAAAAUCGGAACGGGUGACCAAAAACAUCAUCACGCCCUUCCCCACGUCCGCUUCGGCUCUGACAAACGUUUGCAAGAAGUAGAGAGAAUCAUGCAGACUUCCAGAAUGCGAACAAUCAUCGUACACACUCGUCCUGGAGCCAGUGAACAGGAAAUCAUACAUCAUCAUCAAUCGACCGUCAACGCGAUCACCAAUCGAACUCUUUCCAUCACCGUAGGUCAAGGUAUAUUCGAAUAUGGAACACGUCGAACGACCCUCACUGAUGUGUGGGACAUACCCCUGAUCGAACUAUCCGUAAAAAUUGUCCCUGGAAACCACACCAUGAAACCACCUAUCUUACCUGAAAAUGCUGAAUGGCCGAGCUUCCAUUCUGGUGUAUCGGCCGCAUUGUCGAUCUCUCCCGAUAGCAAAGGUAUCGAUUCGAGUUGGAUAGUUUUCAAUCGACCUGCUACGUUGACCAUGGGCCACGGUGGCUUUCUCCUCGGUCUCGGCUUAACAGGACAUCUACGCAAACUCAUGACUUAUCACGCUUUCCCUUAUCUAGAACCAAGAAAUGAUUUCAUCUCCGUUGGUCUUCUAUUGGGUCUGGCAUGUUCGUACGUUGGUACAGAGGAUGUACUUCUUACCAAAGUACUCUCUCUCCAUACCCACGCACUCUUACCUCUCGGAUCGAUGGAACUCAACGCUUCCCCUCUCAUCCAGUCUUCCGCUCUGGUAGGGUUGGGAUUGUUAUACGUUGGUAGCAAAAAUUUGCGUAUGGCGGAAGUUGCGUUAUUUGAGAUUGGUAGGAAAACAAUGGUCGGUGUUGAUAAUUUUGCCGAUUAUGCCGAGGCGUAUUCGUUCUCUGCCGCCAUGGCAUUUGGACUUAUCAUGUUAGGUCGAGGAGGUUCCAUAACUUCCGAAGCGGAUCGACGGAUAUUAUCUCAACUUCGAAGAUGUAUCUACGGUGAUGCUCCUUCUCUCGAAAGAUCUCGUACCAAGUCUCACGUCGGAACGAUUGAUCCGACUUUGACUUCUUCUGGUGCUACGUUAGCUUUAGGAUUCAUGUAUCUCAAAACCAACAGACGAGAUAUCGCCGACAUGCUUACUAUCCCUCAAACGGAUUUCGAAUUAGAAGCUGUUCGACCUGAACUAUUACUUCUUCGUACCUUAUCUCGAGCUUUGAUAAUGUGGGAAGAAGUAUCUCCUUCGAAAAAAUGGAUAGAAGAUCAACUUCCCAUUUUCAUACAAUCGGAACAUAAAGGUCAUCGACGAUCUAGUCAAAUGGAACUUUCACACGAAUUGGCAUAUAUCCAUAUAAUAUCCGGAGCAUGUUUCGCGAUUGGUCUUAAAUACGCCGGAACAGCAGCAGAAUUAGCACAUACAAACCUGAUAUUCUUCUGUUCCAUCUUGAACAAAGCCGCUACAGGAUCUUCAAUGACAUACGAAGGACGUAUUCGUCGACAUGCCGCUCGACAAGGAUUAAACGUUGUAACUAUCGCUUUAGCCGUUGUAAUGUCAGGUACUGGUGAACUUAGCGUUUUACGUCGAUUAAGAUUAGCACAUGGACAAGAAGGUGCAGGUGUAACAUAUGGUACACAUAUGGCAAUGCACAUGGCAUGUGGAUUAUUAUUCUUAGGUCGAGGUCAUUAUACAUUAGGAAAUUCAAAUCUUUCUAUUGCCAUCAUGGCUAUUUCUUUCUUUCCAAGAUUCGAACCUACUCCAAGUGAUAAUCGAUCUUAUCCUCAAGCAUUCAGACAUUUAUGGGCAUUAGCAGUUGAACCAAGAUGUUUAUUAGCAAGAGAUGUUGAUACGGGUGAAACUGUUUAUCUUUUGGUCAAAGUCCUGUUGAAAGAUGAGAAUGGAAAAACUACAAGACAACAAAAUUUAAUAUCACCAACUUUGAUCGCUCCUUUUGAAUCUUUGAUCAAUAUAGAAGUUGAUUCACCUAGAUAUUGGCCUAUCAAAUAUGAUUUAUCACCUUUUUCUUCAGAUCGAACAUCUUUGGUCAAAACGAAAACAGUAUUCGUUAAACGUAAAACGGGUUAUUUGGAUUAUAAUACAGAUCCAAAAGGUCAUCGAAGUAUUUUCGUAAGAGCUGGAAGUAUGACUGGUAUAGAUAUGCAUUGGGAUCUUAUAUCCCCUGCUUCACCACCUUCACCUGGAUCAGAAGAAGUUUUGGAUUUGGUCAAAGCACAUUUAGGUGAUUCUGCUUUGGUGGGAUUAUCUCGACAUUUUUCAAAAUCUUUCGAUUCAACAUCUUCAAAAUCUCCCAAUUCAUCAGCGGCGUUUUCCGUAGAACAUCGAACUAUACCAUCUCGAAUGAAAGUCGAGGGUGUUGAAGAUGCAAUAGUAGAGAAAGGAGAGAAUGAAAGUAGUAUCGACGAAAGUAUUCGAACACUUCUUAUCGAAUGUAUCGCCUUGGAUAAACUCAUCUUACUUCCUCUUUAUCUCGAUUUAGUUUUAUAUCAAUAUAAAAAUGAUCUUCAAGUGGAAAGAUAUCGACAAUUAACUUUAUUGUCUACAUUCUUAUCUUCAAAGAUAUACGAUUCUCAUUAUCUUCCUCCGACUUUAACUCCAGGUGAAAAAAGACCACCUUGGAUCCGACUUUCACUCAUCUCAACCCUACGUAGACGUCUGAAAGAGCAGGUCAAAUUCGAUCCGUUGAUCCUUGGACAUUAUUAUUAUCGUUGGAAAUGGCCCAACUCUGUUCUACCUCAAUCAAUCACAUCACAGUCACAAUCACAUGACACACAUUUUUCAUCCUCUGCGACAUCCAUGGAUCGUUCACAAUUCAACAUACGUCGAGAGGAGGAGAGAGUGGAAAAGGAUGACAACGAUGAUGAAAUGAAAAGUACAAAUUUGGCAAUGUAUCUAGUCUCUCAUGAUGUUCCUUCUCUCACCCUUUUACAAGCUUUGAAAGAUAAAGUUGGACAAGCGAUAAGUUCAGAUGAAGAGAUAGGAGUGAUUUGGCUUAAAGUGAGGGAUGUAGCUAUGAGUUAUUCCGAUAUGUUGGAAAGAGAAGUAAUGGAUCAUGUGUCAGAAAUGGAAGUUGGGAAAGGUAGAAGGUUAUGGAAUGCUGCGAGUGCAAUGAUGGCUAUUAGUAUGUGGACUAAAGGUGAAGUAUCGAAUGGUUGA